GGUGGAGGAGGAGGAGGAGGAGGGGUGGGGGGUGUCGUUCCUGCAAGAGCGAGCUGGUCCUCACUCUUCACAUCACUCCAGAUCCAGGCCAUCCUCGGGGCGCAGCUGCACUGUAGAGCCUGUCGGUUGGACGCUUUGGAUACCGCCUCUCAGUCAACACAGUGGUGCCACAUCUUGGGGGCUUGUUGUUUUUGUUGUUGUUGUUGAGCCCGAAGUCCAUCUUCGUCAUCGUCAGCCAUGGGCGCGCAGAGUUCGGUGCAGCGGGACGGGAAGGACCAGGAGGAUGAUGCCUCAGCCUCAGCCUCGGCUUCGGCCACAGCCGGGGAGCAGGGUGCGGAGGUGGAUGCGCCCCAGGAGGGAAGCGGCGUCCAUGACAGCAAGCUUUUGGAAAAAAAUGGACAAAUCUCCAGCAUGUCCAGUCUGAACGGACACUCGGAGGACAACACGCUGGCAGAAGUUGGCCAGCCUGAUGGUGUGGCUCAGAAGGAGGAGGUUCCUGAGAUCAUGGACACCAUCCAGGGCGACAUGGCCCCUGAAGUAAACAGCGAAAAAGUGGAGAAAGAGUCUCCUGAUGCUAAUGACAUCUCAGCUGUUGAGGAGAAAGCAGCGGAGGAAAAACCCCAAGAGGCCAACGAAGUAGGCUUCAAGAAGAUCUUUCGCUUUGUGGGCUUUAAGUUCACGCUGAAAAAGGACAAAAGUGAGGAGAAAGAUCCUGUUAAGCUAUUGACCGUCAAAGAUAAGGAAGAAGGAGAGGUGGAUGCUGUGACUGAUGAACCUACGAAGGAGGAAGAGGCUGCCCCUGCCGAGGAGAAGAGCUCAACUGAGGAAAAGGAGGCUGCUGCAGAGGCACCUACUGAUGAGGCCGAAGCCAUCGAGGCGGACAAAGCUGAAACCACUGACGCACCAGCUGAAAACACAGCUGCUGAGGCUACUGAUGAAGGAGCUGAAAAGGAAGGAGCUGAAAAGGAAGGAGAGACCACCAUGUCCCCCUUCAGGAAGCUUUUCAGUGGAGGACUAUUCUCUAAUCUGAGAAAGAAGGCCAGCAUCAAGAAAACAAAAGAAGAGGAAGACAAGGUGGCCGCUGUUGAGGAAGAGACAGCUAAGACAGAAGAAACUGCUGCUGCUGCUGUGGAAGAAAAGGAGGAGAAAGACAACGUUGAACAACAAACUACCGAGGAGACACCAGCCACUCCCGAGGAGGUGAAAUCAGCGAGUACCCCAGAGCCCGAGGUCGCUGUUGAGGCCCCUGCUGCUGCACCUUCUGAGGAGACCAAACCAGAAGAGGAAAAAGCACAACCGAGUGCAGAAGAAGAGAAGGUCCCCGCAGAGGUGACUAAUGAGGCUGAGCUGCUAUCAUCACAGGAGAAGGCCAAGCCCCAGGGAAGCCCCCUGAAAAAGCUUUUCGCUGGAGCUGGCUUAAAGAAGCUCUCAACUAAGAAACAGAAAGCCAAGAAAGACACUGAGACAAAGCUCACUGCUGAACCCGCGGCUGAGCAGCUUCAAUCCUCCACUGAGUCGGCAGAGGAUCAAAAAAACGACAGUGGGCCCGCAUCUCCUGAGGAGGUGGGACAGGAAGUUAUUGCUGUGGAGGUGACCCAGAAUGAGUCCAGCCAAGAGACCGAUGGGGAAGUUGCCCCUGAUGGAGAGAAGAAAAAAGACGGCAUCGUUGCCUGGUCCUCCUUCAAGAAACUGGUCACACCCAAGAAGCGUGUCAAACGGUCUUCUGAAAGUGAAGAUGAAGCUGCAGCUGAAAAAACAGCUAAGUCGGCCACUCUGUCCUCUUCUGAGAGUGCCCCGUUAGCAGAUAAGAGUGUUGAGGAGGAGGCAGAGGAGGAGAAGCCAGCCGAGGACGAACCAAAGACUGAAAACACUGAGAAACUGGCCAGCAGCACCGAGGAGCCCAAAAAGAAAAUGGACACCUCUGUCUCCUGGGAGGCUCUCAUGUGUAUGGGUGGACCCAAAAAGAGGACGAGGAAGACGUCCGAUUCGGACGAUGAAGAGACCAAGGUCGAAGAGGAAUCGGUGGCAGCAGCGUUGGAAGGGGAGCAGGUGAGAAAAACCGAGGCUGCCAUUGUCAGUUCCCAAACCACAGAGAGUGACGGAGAAGUUGGUUCUUCCACUGAACCUUUGAGCCCAUCUCCUGAGAGGGAGUCCACCUGGGACACACUGAAACGCAUGGUUAUGCCAAAGAAUAAGGCCAAAGGUGAGGAAAAGCUGGAGGACAGUACAGAACAAGUCCAGUCAGACAGCGAGGCACCAAAAGAUGAGUCGUCAUUCUCUUUGAGGAAGCUCUUCCCCGGACGCAAAAAGAAGAAGGCUGAGAAACAAGCAUCCACCGAACAGAGUGAGGAGGACUCUGACACCCCAGCUGUAGUUCCUCUAUCAGAGUAUGAAGACCAGGUCGAACCAGCUCAACAGGUCAUCCAAGAAAAACCCGCUGAAGUCCACGUUGACGUUUCCACCGAAGAUAGAUCUCCUUCAUGGAUCCCAGCAGCCGCAGAAGACGGGGACGAUAAACACGAGCAGCUCAGUGACAUCCCGGAGGAGGCGGAGAAUGCUGCCACGCCAAAGUCAGUCGACAUCGAUACCGCAGAGGAAGAAACUGAGGACAAGGAUAAUCUGCCUCUUGAAGUCCCCAAACGCACAGGGCGCAGACUGUCCACGGCCGAGGUAACCUCUUUUGCUCCAGCUCCAUCUGCAGAAACUACUCUUGUUCCUAAAGGACCCAAGGCGGAGAGCGCAGAGGAGGAGAUGGAGGGCUUACAAGCGGAAAUCAGUCAAAUCCCCCCCCAGACAAGUGUGACCGUUGAAGACGUACCAGUGGAAGUAGGCUCUGAGCAAACAGAGUACGAACCACCGACUGAAAAUGCAAAGUCGAAGACCCACACCAUCCUGGAGCCACACGCUCACAAUGACGCCAUGGCUAUCUGCACCGGCCUCGGGACCAAGGAGAUUGCCAAAGUAGCUUUUCAAAAGCCUGUGAUGCCUGGUGUGGAGGCCGUGGCUGUGAUCAAUGAUGGCUUAACCACAGAGUUGUCACUGGAAGAUAAGCCAGCAAUUGCACAGGAAGCCAUCUCUAGAGAAAUUUCCAUCUGCAAUGCCCAACUGCACCAAGUGGACACCACCGAGCUUGAGCCUGUCGUUGCAGGUUCAGAUGACCUGAUAGCCAUUCAAGCUGCUGAGAGCCAUGAACCCGAGAUUGAGAUGGCUGUGAGUGUCAGCACCGUUCAGGGGGAGUUUGAAAUCAUUCAGCCUCCCACCGUGAACGAGAACCUCCCAGAGGAGGUCAUCAGAGGAGAUCCCAUCACACCAACAUUCGAAGCAGCCAUUUGCACGCAGAGCAUACAAGUCGCUGAGCCAUCUGUAGAAACCAAGGAAGUGAAAAUGGUUGUGGAGCACCUUGCUGCAACAGAACAGAAUACUGUAAAGGAGGAAGUCCAGUGUGUGAGUGCAGAGGUAGUCUCCACCAUAGAUGCAACGGAGAUCUGUGUCACAAACGAGACUGAGCAAACCAUUUCUGUGGUCGAACCAAGUGACGUUGUUGUUAUCUCCCAAACGGUAGUCCUUGCGGCGCCUGUCGGUGCGGCGGCAUCAGACCUGGUUGCCCUGGAAAACACAUCAGAGGCCGUCGGUGAAGAACCCGUCCAGGUGCAGCAGACCCGGGAGGAGGUUGAAGCACAAGCGACUGUGGAGGCGAAGUCCGAGAUCGGCGCAGUCACUGAGCAGCCCGGCCAGGAUGUGGAGGAAACCGUGGCGGAAGUGGAGCCGGCGGGUGAGAUCGAGGCUCAGAGCAUCGCCAUUGCCCAGGCUGUCAUUCAGGAUGCCGUGGAUAAAGUUUCAGAAGAUGCCCCUGAGCCCGAGCCCGAGCAAGCCACUUCUACACCAGUCCAGGCUGUAGCAACAAUAGAGGAAGAGAUGGAGACCAGCCCGGUUAUCUCUGACACCCCGGUUGCGGUUGUCUGCGGAAAACCAGCAUCAAAGUCACCUCAGCUGCUCCAAGUUGCCAUGGAGGUCAUCGACCAAGUCGCAGUCGAGGUCGUCACGGAGAGCCUCGACGCCUCUGUGGAGGAGAAGAAACCAGCCGAAGGGUUGCUGAAAGCGGUGGAGAUAAAAGCAAGUGAGGAAAAUGUAGUAGAGGAAGAAGUCGUAGAGAUAAAAGCAGAGAAUCAGGCAGGUGAGGAGAAGGAACAAGUCGACGAGGAACAGAGCAAAGAAGAAGCAGAGGUUGACGAAGCAAGUGUAGAAAAAGGAGCCGAAGUGGAGGAACAACAGUUGGAGGAAUCAAAGUCAGAGGCCCCUUCAGAGAAGAACGAAGUGCUUGCGAUUCACAUGCCGGUCCAAGUGGUACUGCAGACGGCGCAGGUGUUUGAGGAGCCGUCAGUGGAGGAAGAUGUUGCCCAAGGGUUCGAUUGCAACGGCUCUUUGGCUGAAGACACCGACGUGAAGAGCACCGCGACUCAAAGCAAACUCCCAACACUGUCAGAAGAACCCCAGGCCGCCCCGGGCCAAGACACAGAGGCAGAGGCACCAGAAACACCGUCGGGAAAGUGCGCAGAAGUGAUGGCGCAGGUGAUCGAGGUGAUUGAGGAGGCUGUGAAGGAGAUCGAGCCUGUUUCCACGGAGAUCACAGCAGCAUCAUGAGCAGCUGAAGACACAAGACUGAUGGUUGGGAGACACACUGCACCAGGAGGUGAGCGACGAGGGAGAGGGAGCGAGGCGGCUCUGUGGUAACACACUGAGACUAGGUUCUGCCCACAAAGACUGAGUGACUCUACCUCCCCUUCCACCUGUACUCCGUCAACACAACGUGACGUCACACCGCCGAAUCCACAUCCACCCACUCCCUCUCAUUCACACACACACACACACACACACACACACACACACUUAAGCGUCCCAUCUGGCUCAUUAUCAAUUAGAUGUUUGCCCCUUUCCACAGUCCUUCCUGCAUAUGAGUCUGCCACCUGGUCGAGUGUGUGUCUGUUCUCACGUAGGUGCGAGUGUGUUUGUCUGUGUUUAGCAGGGAGAGUGAGAUGGGGUCAGAAGGUGAAGAGAUGGAGGAUUAUUAUCUUGUAUAUUGUAUUUAUAUUUGAGUUAUCUUUCAUUCUUCAGUAAGUCUUUAUUUUGUUCAUUUUUAAUUUUUUUUGGACAUUGUUGCCUUGAUGUGUUUUUUUUUUUUAUUCCCACCCUAAGCUGUGAUACAUCGGGUUUCCUUUUGAGCAACAUGAUUACAGUAAACGUGAUGGCUGCUGCAACAGAACCAACGUGAGACUGUGCAUGUAAGUCGGCGGUGUAUCGCAGCUUCUACUCGUCAUAGCCAAUGAUUAUUUCAAGACUCUGUAGCAACUAUAACUAAACCAUGGUACAAGUGUGAUUCCACUGACAGUUAGCGAUGACACUGACUGCAGAGGGGAGAGAGUAUAAUGAGAGUCAACAACAAGUGUUAUUGACACAUUGCUUUGCCACAAUAUGUUUUCACUCUGCACCACAACAAAAUAUUUAAUAAGCUUCGUGUAGAUAAG